AUGCCAUCGCCGAAAGAAACGUUGCGACAAAGUACUACCGGCGUCUACGUACGGAGCUUAGAGCUCCGGGUCAAAGAAUUAGAGCAACAGCUCACCUCUUCCUUGACUCCCCAGAAUUCCCAAAAUGACCCGCUGUCAUGUCCCUGGGACCAAGAGGCUGACAUCCAUCUGGAUGAUGAAUUUUUGAUCCCGGAGAAUCCAAUAUCCUCUCCGCCUCGACAAUGCCCUGAUGGAAAUGAUGUCCCCGGUCCCGAUGCCGUGCCGAUAUCCCCCCAUAACCUGACUCGUUCGAGGCCCAAAACCGAAGAUUUGGCCGAAGAACUAAGGCUCCUUUCUUUGGAGGCUGCAGCGGAGAGAUAUCUGGGCUCGUCAUCUGGUCUCUCUUUUGCUAAACUUACUCAAGCCGUUCUCCGCCGUCUAUCCCCAGACCAAGAUGCAUUCGUCUUUGACGGAGAUAUUAACGCCAAUCACCAUAACGCCUCUAUAUCAGCCGAAUCACCGACUUUCAACCCCACAGUCUUUGACAUUGAUACCUCUAUGCUAUCACCAUUGCCUUUGAACUCAAUAUUUGGGAAUCUCGCCGAGGAUCAUCACGACUCGAUGGAUCUGGCAUUACUGGAACCAUCCCAUAUCAGUUACAUAUUGGAGUUCUAUUUCGCUCACUCACACACUCUUUAUCCGAUUAUCCGCCAAAAUGAAUUCAAAUCUGUGCUGUGGAGGGUGUAUGGCGACCCCUUGGAUCCCUUGGCUCAAUCGCCGUUAUGGCAAUUCAGGAUCUGGAUGGUCUUAGCGAUCGGAUCAACGACAUAUUGUUCAGUAUCCUUGAUGGAUGAAUCCGAAUCAGUCCAGUUCUUCAAUAAAGCGAUGACAUACUUUGAAGCCGCAAUGGGAUGUGGGGAUCUGGGCGGUUUGGAAGUUUUGAUGCUUCAAGUUUCUUACUCUUUUUUCAAUAAGAUUGGACCCAAUACCUGGUUCCUGGUAGGGGUUGCAGCUCGUAUGGCAACCGGCAUGGGGCUUCAUACCGCAGAGAUCUACCAUUCUCUAGCUGUGGAUGUCUCUGAACAGCAAAAGCGACUCUUCUUCUCUCUUUACAUGAUGGAUCGUGUGGUUUCUUUGGCUUUGGGUCGACCCUUUGCUAUACAAGAUGAUGACAUUACUGUUGGGCCUUUUGCAAGCGCAAAUGAUGAAAAUAUCCAGUCAGAUGGUAUCACUUCAUCGUCAACAUUGGAGCCAUCGACCAUGGCAGUCCCUCUCCAUAUCCUUGCGCUUCGCAGAAUUGCAAGUGAUAUUGGAAGUCAAGUACAUUCAGCAAGAUAUAGCGAGCGACAAAGCCCAGAGGAAAGAACGGAAACUGUUCAAAGUCUCCACAAAAGACUUAUAGAAUGGCGUCGCAAUAUGCCAUUCCCUCUGCCAGACCUACAAUCCAAAGUGCCUCAUCUCUGCACCAGCUGGUUUGAUUUGAACUACUACACACAUGUCAUCAUGUUGUACCGACCAUCUCCCUUGUGUCCAACACUGGACGUUCAAAAUCUGAAGAUUCUAGCCGAGGCAUCUGGUAUGGCCAUUCGCCAAGCGAUCAAUUUGCGUAGACAGCACCGGAUUGCCUAUAAUUGGCUUAACUUGGUCACUGUGUUCAACUCUGUGCUGUCCCUUAUGUAUACGGCCACUGCACAGCGCGAGCAGCUUUCUUUGGUUUGGGAUAAUUCUAAGGCAGCAGAUGAUUUGGAAUUAGCACUGGAGUUGCUAGAGGCUUUUGGUAAGAAAUUUCCGUCCGCAAAGAAGAUCCAAAAUAUGGUCCAGGCGGUUUCGGACAACCUGAAGGUGUACAAUAUGACAGCCGUGUUUUGA